AUGGCUCCCGCAAAGAAGGGUGGCAAGAAGGAGGGCCAGUCUGCCGUCAACAAGGUGACGUCCAGAAAAUACACUAUCAACGUUCACAAGAGCAUCCCUGGAGUGGGUUUCAAGAAGCGUGCCCCUCGGGCACUCAGAGAAAUCUGGAAAUUUGCCAUGAAGGAGAUGGGAAUUCCAGAUGUGCGCAUUGACACCAGGCUCAACAAAGCUGUCUGGGCCAAAGGAAUAAGGAAUGUCCCGUAUUGUAUCCAUGUGCAGUUGUCCAGAAAACAUAAUGAAGAUGAAGAUGCACCAAACAAGCUCUGUACGUUGGUUACCUAUGUACCUGUCACCAUUAUCAAAAACCUAAAGAUGGUUAAUGUGGAUGAAAGCUGA